GUCGCCCAAGUAAUUCUUGUGGAUGUAGUGCUCUCCUCUCAAUGGGAUGCAUAUAUGGGACCAAUUAACCCCAAUUUAAUUCGGCUCUGCCCUACAUUCUUGGCUGUAGCCUUUCAUUUCAUGGGGCCAACCCAACCCAACCCAACGACUUGGAAUAUAAUAUUGCCAUCCUCUCCUCUCUCACUUAUACCCUACCAGGCUGAGGCUACCACUACCACCUCCAUAGAAACGAAAACAAACGAGAGCUGGAUACUAUGCUCUAUUAUUCCAUCCCCUCGUAUAUUAAUUGUUGAUCAGUUUGAAUCUCUCAGCUGGCAACUAGCUAGGCAGAGGAACCCAACUAAGGUCCAUACAGAGAGAGCAGUGGAGAAACAUCCAUCUCGAUCUUCAACUGCGUACUGCAACAACAACAACAGCACCGCAGCCCAUCUCUUAAUUUCCCCAUGUAAGCUAAGCCACUUCAAUUAAUUAUGACUCGAAAUUCUUACUAUAUAUGACUCCAAAUUUGAAACAAUACAAUAUUAUCAGGUCCUGGGUCAAUAGUUAUCAACUCCCUGAGCUGACAUGGAAAAAGGGGCAGCUAUCCAUGAACGGGCUGGGUAGCAGCCAAAACCCAACCCCAAAACCGAUAUGGGUUGGCAGUAGCAGGAACAACAACAACAACAACGAUACCCUGGAGUCCAUUGUCCACCAAGCCACCUUUCUCAAGCCUCCUCCGGCCGCCGUCCAGCCGCCACCCGACACCAAAUCUGCAACCACAGGCCCCUGUCGGAAGCGCAUCAGACAAGGAGACGGUGAUCAGAGGGGUUGCGCCACCGCUGCUGCCUCGGGCGGAGAGAGCGAUGGUACUGUGAUGACGUGGCCACUUCCAGCUUCAUUUCAGACCUCCUGCAAGAGAACAGCCCUACAGCCUCAUAAGGAUCAUGCUUCCCGCGCUCGAUCGGUAGGCAAUGAUGGUGUGGAAGAUGACGACGAGGAGGAGUCCAACAAAACAGAAACAACAAGCAAAACACUUUCAUCAGCUAACACGAGAAGCAGAACAUCUACUGUGCACAAUCAAUCAGAAAGGAGACGCAGAGAGAGGAUUAACCAGAAGAUGAAAGCUCUGCAAAAGCUAGUUCCAAAUGCACAUAAGACGGACAAAGCUUCAAUGUUAGAAGAGGUGAUCGAUUACUUGAAACAACUCCAAGCUCAAGUUGAAAUGAUGAGCCAUGCUCGAAGCUUGGUCGCAGCCCCUCAAAUGAUGAUCCCUUUUGAUGCACAUGCACUACAUCAACAACAGGAGCAACAGAAGCAGCAGCAGCAGCAGCAUCAGCUACAAAUGUCGAUAUUGGCGGCCGCACACAGUGCAACCAUGGGAGUUGGGUUAGGGAUGGGCAUGGUGCAUAAUUUUCCAUUCCUCCAUCUUCCUACAACUAUGCCAACUUCUCCACCGCAAUUUCUGCACUCGCAAGUCAGCAACAGCAAUGGCGCUAGUUCAUCAGUAGGCCCUUUCGAUGCAUUAGCUCAAUCCAAGAGCAUGGAGAUUUACAUGGGUAAUCUGGCUGCAAUAUAUCAACACCAACUUCAUCAGCUUGGCAGUCUCGUUCAUGGGACUCAUGCGAUUAAUGGUGCAUCACAUUCACAACAAUCCUAUUCCUACCAUAACCAAAACCAAGGGGGCAGGUAGCGGCCCAAAUUUGCAUCAAACUAUAUAUACAUACAUACAUACUAGGAACGAUUGUCUAGUGCAGAGGGCCGGGUACGUACUGCUAAAACUGUAAUCAAAAUAGUUUGAUGAGGAUUGUAUAGGCUUUUUAAGUACAUCCCGUGUGAUGUGCACGUAUAUAUGUCCCUCGUGCUUGGCUUCUUUUUCUUCUCAAACUAUACAUGUUGCUUACAUUACUUAUCAUUCUUGGACAACAGGACCAUACAAUUGGAUUAGUACUCCAUUUAUUAUUACAACCAUUGACAUGCAAGGAAACUUCUAAAAUCUACAUAUGUGCCGGGGGUUGUAAAUUGAAAUGCAACUACAUAAAUAGGAGUUGUCAGA